AUGUUGGUGAAGGUGCACGUGCAAGAGCGAGGCGUCAACGGCGAUGCUGAAGAUAUGCGUGAAGAGCUCAAGCGAAGGGCGAGCCUGGCAUUCAUAAGGAAGGUAACAUCGAUGAAAGAUCCAAGCUCGACGCGCCAAGAAAUGAUGGCGUCGAACUCCAUCUCCGCUCCGCUCCGCUCCGUUCGUUCACCGACCGACAUCGACAUCCGCCGCCCACCGCCCACCGCCCACCGCCCACCGCCCACCGCCGAUGGCAAUCAUUCCAAUAUGAAUAUGAGCUUGCUAGCCCAGAUAUACCAUACUCAUUCCUUACCUGACUCUCUUGCCGUCCCCUCACCCGUCUGGAGACCAUGGACGGAUCCACGAUGCCUCACUGUCAGCAAGCAUGGUAUCGUCCUUCGUCAGACGCUCUUGCUCUUUCGCGUCAUAGACCCAGACAUGGCCAGAGCCGAGCCACUUGCAGUUGCCAUGCACGGCAACGUCGAAUGUCACGGCACCCAUCUACUUACAUAUUGGUUGAAUAUCCUACUCCUGCACGACUGCACCGCAUUCCUACAUUAUGUCGCCAAGAUGGGUCGCGACGACUAUGUCCCAGUCAUCCAGGAGGAGCCAAGCUCUCAGUACUUGCGCACCUGGACUGGCCAUCCACCACACCGUAGAAUUGCGGCCGCGCUCAUUCAUCAACGAAUCAACAUGGGAACCACUUGCCAUCUCUCAACCAUGAAAUCAACACCCAUCAUCCCAUACUUCUAUCUACCAUACAAGAUUUGGAUUCACUGA